GGGGGAGCGGGGUAAAUCAAAGUUCCCUAAGUUUUCAACGCCCAAAACAUCUCUUCCACCCCUCUCUCAUAACAAUAUAUACACAUAUUUAGAAAUAAUCAGAUUUAGAACCCCCGCCCUGUUACUGGUCACUACCACAAUUCGGAGAACAUUCUAACUUGUUGACCGAAUAACGGGGAAUUGUGUGAGCGAUCUGGAAAAGAGAGCUACAGAAGACUGACUCAAAAUGGCUGUUAGUACUGCUUGUCUUGAAAACCUAACCGGCACUACUAGAGUUCUCUCAACAAGCGUUUCAGGUGCCUCAGUCGUUAAGAAUGCUGCCUUUGCUGCUCCGUCUACUCAGAUAUCUCAAAACUUUAGAAAACUGCAUCCAAAGGCCCUAAGCACGUUGUUGAUACUUACAGGACUAAUGCAGAUAAGUUUAGGAGUGAUGAUGAUGAAAGCGGAGAAUGAAUUUCCAUCACUAGCUGUGCGCAGUGGAGCAUAUAUAUGGGGGGGACUGAUGGUUUUUGUGGCAGGAUGCAUCACUGUUGCUACAGAGACAAAGGACAGCAUCACCUUGAUAAAAGCCUGUCUGGGAUCACAUGUGGCUAAUGCAGUACUUGGAGGAGUGGCACUUGCAAUUUACAUAAUUCAGUUGGAUACAGAGACACAGGCAUGCUGGGUAUCAGUGGACAAACAAAAUUUUAACAAAUGUAUGUCUCUUAGCAACUCACCAGAGUAUUCUCGUUAUGAUUAUUAUGAUUAUGAGGAACGUUAUAGCCAAAAUGCCAGCAAGUUGACUUUGAUCCUGAGAAUAUCCGUUAUUUCGGUGACUCUAAUCUUAUCUCUUCUUGGAUUAAUCAUUUCCGUGUGCAUUAUGGUUUUUGGAUGGAAAGUGCUGAAAACUGCCGGAUAUUCCUUGCUGAAAUGAAUAUGUGAAUUGUGAUGCCCAGAAGAAGACAGCCAUUUGCUAAGUACUGUGGACACAAGACAGUGAAAAAUAUGUAUAUAAAUGAUCUACUCAAGGCCAUUUAUAUAUCUUACAGUAAUGUUACUUAUGUAUCACUAUGUUAUAUAGUCUUUUACUUGUGUCUCCUUAAAUGACUGCAAUAUAAAACGUUCUAAAUUUCUAUAUCGCACUGCUUAUAUUACAAAUCACCCACUCUUAAAAUCGUUGAAAUGCACUAUAUUUUAUUAUUUUUGUAUCAAUACUAACAAUACAUGGAUGCUGUAACAAUUACAUUCUAGCUUGUUUGGCUCGUGUGUAUUUCUUUUUUUUUUUUUUUUUUUUUUUUGAGAGUUGGUGGUAAUAAAUGCUUAUAAAUGAGUA